CUGCACGCCAGGCCCAGUCAUCGUAGCGUGGGGCACGCCGCACGAGCCUGUACAAGGCUGUAUAGAGCGCCCGCACUGGCAGCUGGACCCAAGUGGCUGCGAGGUGGUUGUUCUGGGUGGCUGUGAACUGAUUGCAAAGCCUGUGGAAGUGCUCAGGCUGCAGGGCAUUGUACGCACAGUUGCUGGGGAGAGGGUGGUAGGCCCUGGUGGCCAUGGCGCCUCGUAAGGGGCCACCUCAGGAAGUGGCUGAUGAAGAAGCACAGGGGCCCCUCCAGGCAAUUCUGCUGGCCGACAGCUUCGCUCAAAAAUUCAAGCCUAUAACCUUGGAACGGCCGAAGAUGCUCCUCCCUGUUGCGAACGUCCCCAUGAUCGACUACACGCUGGAGUGGCUGGCGUCAGCCGGGGUGGAGGACGUCCUAGUGUUCUGCUGCGCGCACGCCCGCCAGAUCCAGGCGUACAUAGAGACCUCCAAGUGGAAGAAGCAACCCAACUUCCAUGUGACGCCCAUCGUCUCGCACAACUCCAUGAGCGCGGGGGAGGCGCUGCGCUUAAUAGAUGAAAAGAAUUUGAUACGAAAUGAUUUCAUCCUGAUUUCGGGAGACACGAUCAGCAACAUGUCGCUGGACGCGGUACUGGCAGAGCACAAGGCGCGCAGGGCCAAGGACAAGCAGGCCAUCAUGACCAUGGUGGUUAAGCAGGCCAAACCCGACCCGGUUACGCACCUGACCAGGCUGGGCAAUGAGGAGCUGCUGGCUGCAAUUGACCCGCAAACCAAACAGCUGCUGCUGUACGAUCACGGCAAAGAGAGCGGGGGUCGGGAAGGCAGCAAGGGCGGGCAGUACUUGGGCCUGGAGCGCGCGAUGUUUGAGGGUCGGCAGGCGGUGCAGCUGCGCACGGACCUGGAGGACUGCUUCAUCGACAUCUGCGCGCCCGAGGUGCUCAUGCUCUUCACCGACAACUUCGACUACCAGCACCUUCGCCGCGACUUCGUCAAGGGGCUCCUCAGCGACGAGAUCAUGGGCAACAAGAUCUACACGUACGAGUUGACCCGCGAGUACGCUGCCCGGAUCGACAAUCUGCGGUCGUAUGACACUGUCAGCAAGGACGUCAUCCACCGCUGGGCGUACCCGUUCGUGCUCGACACCAUGUUCGGCAACCGGCCCGUCAACGUCAAGCUGGGCCGGACCAACAUCUAUAAGGAGGAAGACUUGAAAAUUGCUCGGACGGCCGUGAUUGGCGAAAACACGGUCCUGGGCGAGAAGACGGUGGUCGGCGAGCGGACAAUCAUCCAGAACUCAGUGAUCGGCAGCAACUGCGUCAUCGGCGCCAACGUGCGCAUCUACGGGUCGUACGUCUGGAACGACGUCAAGAUCGGGAACGGCGCGGUGCUGACGUCAGCGGUGGUGUGCGACAAUGUGCUGGUGAAGGACAAGGCGGUGGUGGAGCCGGGGGCCGUCCUCUCCUUCAAGGUGGAGGUCGGGGGCGGCUUCCGGGUGCCCGCAUACUCGCGCAUCUCGAUGCUGGCGCAGCCGAUGGAGGAUGACGACAGCGACGAGGAGCUGGAGUACGACCAGGCGGGCGUCGGCGGCGCAGACGCGCACAAAGGCUCUGAUGAUGAGGAAUCAGAGGGGGCAGCAGUGGUGCCGAUCUCCUGGAAUCCAGAAGAGGUGGGCGUGGCGGGCAAGGGGUGUCGUUGGGCCAUGGUGCGCGAGGGCGCCGAGGACGACGAGUGGAAGCAGUCGGUGGCGCCGAUCCCCGCCGCCAAGCUGGCCGACCUGGCAGCGGCCGCGGCGGAGGACAACAGCAGGGACGAGAACGCGAUGGACGUCAGCCGCAGCGCGCGCGCGUCGGCGCAGGGGGACGAGGAGACGGACGAGGAGGACCAGGACAGCGAGUUCCUCAAGGAGGUGGGCGGGACGUUCCGGCGGGGCGUGGUAGAGAAGAUCAAGCAGGAGAACGUGCAACUGGAGAUCAACGGCCUCAAGCUGGCCUACAACAAGACGUUCGCCGAGUGCGCGAGCGGGGUGUUCAAGACGAUGCUCGUCAUGACGCUCGAGGGCAAGCCCGCCUCACCAGCUGCCACGCUGACGGCGCUGAAGAAGCUGCUAACGCAAUGGGGCUCGCUUCUCAAAAAGUUUCUCACGGGCGAGGAGGACGAGGCGGAGGUGCUGCUGACGUUGGAGGAGGCCUGCGAAGAGAAGCCCACCCGGGACUUCGGCCCGCUGUUUGCAAAGGUCGCCCAGUUGCUAUAUGACGAGGACGUGCUUUCGGAGGAGGGGCUGUUUCAGUGGGAGGGCGAGAAGCGAUACGCGGAUGAAAGCGACAAAAAGUACCUCAACCAGUGCAAGAUCUUCCUCACGUGGCUGCGCGAGGCGGACGAGGAGAGCGAGGAAGAGUCUGACGACGAUUCGCCGCUACCCGCGAAAGCGAAGGCGGCCGCGGCGCCGGUGGAGCACUCCGAGGACGAGGAUGAGGCCGACGUCGCUGACGUCAGCGGUGAGAAGGCGCGCGUCAGCCGGGCGGAUAGCCCGGAGAGCCGCUCCCCGACCACCAGCAUCAGCGGUGACCACGCUGGAAGCCCCGGGCCGCAAAAAGCAAAAGGAUCGGCGGGACGUAAGCAGGCGGAGGUGGAGGGGCCGAGCGUAAAACGGGAUCUGUCGUUCCAGUUGCAAGAUUUGGAGGAUGAUGAGGCGCGGAGGAACGGAGAGACGACGGACGAGGAAGAGGAAGAGGUUUUGAGUGAGGUGGGGUCUGCCGGGAAGCGGGGCGGCGCGCUGGCGAAGGUGGCGGAGGAGGAGGAGCGAGAAGGGCCGACCACUCUGCCGCCGAGUUCGAUUGACUAUGAAAACGAUGGAAAGUACUUGAAAGGGAGUGCCUCGUCAGAGGACGAGGAGACGCGGGAGGUCCGGCAGCCUAUAAAGCACGACCAAGCGGUCGACAGGAGAAAGUCGGGCGACAGUCAGAGUGUCCAGAGCCGCGGUCCAGACGAGUCUUUGAGAGACGCUUGAUUGUGCCCUGGCAGUACUUGGCUCCCUGGCUCCGAGACUGUGCAAAGACAGACCAAGAGUAGUCGUUUUUUACAUGAGGCUUUGCGCUGCUCCCUAUCUCGCAUGAAGACAAGUGGCACCUGUAUGUGCAUUCCGCCCACAUGAUGUCGGACCAUUGUGGUCCCAAGCCCUCUUC